AUGGCUACACAAGGCUAUUUCUCUCACACUUCCUUGGAUGGUCGUAGUCCGUGGGAUCGUGCCAGAGAUCAAGGCAUCAGUGCCAAUGGUGAGAAUAUUGCAGCAGGACACAGUUCAGCUUCCAGCACUCUGCAGCAGUGGAAGGACUCAGAUGGCUUCACUUGCCCGAACGGUGCCUCCUACACUGCCAAUCCAGAGCCCCUGAAGUUCGACUGCAGACUCUGGAGAGCUGCAAGGCUCCAUUCCGAGGACAUGGCUACACAGGACUAUUUCUCUCACACUUCCUUAGAUGGUCGUAGUCCGUGGGAUCGGGCCAGAGAUCAAGGGAUCAGUGCCAAUGGUGAGAAUAUUGCGGCAGGAAUCAUGGCUCUCACUGCCAGUGGCACCUCAACCACCUUCAGUAGCAGCACCAGCAGUCAAAUUGGCAGUCAAAUCUUUCAGUCUUCCAGCGCCGCGAGCAAUUCCACCCAGCCAGAGGAAGGCACGACCACAGCAGUGUUCGAAUCCGUUGAGGGCAAGCUGGUCUUGGAAGUGUCUGAUCCUGAACGCUUUCUCGCAGCCUCCACAGAGCUGAAAGGACCCUUGAAGUCCUUUCUGUCGGAGCUUCUGCAGAUCGACAUCAGUCGAAUCACCAUUUUCUCCUUCUCCUUGGCUCGGCGCUUGGGAAACCUGCGACGGCUGAUGGCCCUGGCAGUAGACUAUUCGGUGCAGGUGGAAAAUACCAAAGUUGAGGAAGUGGUCACAGAGAUAGUCUCAGGAAAUACCACUAGGAGAAGUGAGCUGCAGGAGACUUUGCAACAGGAUCUAGCUCAGAUGAACAUUACUGUUGAAGUAGUGGACGUUCAGGUGACACAGACAUCUUUGGAGAAGAUAGACCAAACUGACAAGGAUGCUAUGGCUUCGACGGCCUCGACGUUGUUUCCAGCUCUUAUGAUGGGUGUAGGUGCUGGAGUAAUUUGUGGUGUUUGCCUUUGUGGAUGUGUGGCAAUCGUUCGUUGGAAAAAGAAACGCAGUAGCCGCAAUAGCCGACCAUUCAUGCCCAGCAGCUUACCAACUAUUCAUGGCCACUUGGAUGCUGGCGUUUAA